AUGGCGACGCUCACGCCGGGGGUGCUGCUCAAGCUCCUGCAGUCCAUGCACACCGACGAGCGCGUCGCCGGCGAGCACCGCUCCCCGGUGCUCCAGGUCACCGCCGUCGUCCCGGCCCUCACCGCCUCCACCUCCGACUCCCUCCUCGUCCCCUCCAACGGCUUCCUCCUCAACCUCUCCGACGGCCUCCACUCCACCUACGUCCAGCUGCCCCCCGCCGACGCCGACGCGCUCCUCCUCGCCGCGCGCCCGCACCUCGUCGGACACCUCGUCCACCUCGACCGCCUCCGAUUCGCGCGCCCCGUACCCCGCGCUGUCGGCCUCCGCGUCGUCCCGUCCUCCCGUGCCCUCCCCUGCGUCGGCACCCCGGAGCCGCUCGUCGCACGCCCCGCCGCCUGCGCCCGCGGAUACGUCAUCCAGCCCGCCGCGUCGCCAUCCGACGCCGCGCCGCCGCUCAUGCCGUCAUCCGGUUCUGAAACCAGUGAUGCCGUCAAAAGGACGGUCCUUGGGCCCAAGAACGCCGUUGCCGAGCCCGCGCCGCCGCCGGCCGGCUCGGCCGUCAAGCGGCGGUUCUCGUCCCCGGCGCCAUCCAAGCAGCGAGAUCCGUCGCCCUCCGUGAAAGCCGCCUCACGGGCGCCAUCUCCAUCGAUGAAGGGUGCAUCCCGGGCCUCCUCGCCCGCGGUGAGGGGCACGCCCAGGGCGACGUCGCCGGCGCCGUCCAAGUGCGCCGUGCCCAGCCUCGUUGCGGCCAAGGAGGAGAACCGCCGGGCGGCCAGGGAGCCGGCGAUUGUCGUCCCAUCAAGGUACCGGCAACCUUCACCGGCGGGAGGGAGAAGGGGAGCGGCGUCUCCGGCUGUCGGUGGGAGGCGGACGUCCCUGUCCCCUAGUUCGCGGCGGCUAUCCGGGGAAGGGACUGCCAAGAAGAAGGUUGGAGUACUGGUGGCUGGGAUCUCCAAGAUGACAGAUUUGGGAAAUGGGUCGGCCAUGAAGCCCGGGAGAAAGAGCUGGGAUGAUCCAACAAUGUUCCUUGCAGCCGCAGCUGCAGGUUCUGUGAUGAAAUCCAGGGCCAAGGUUCACAAAGAUACCAUCCUCAGGACUCAGGAAGCAAUGUCAAGACGAUUGAGUGAUGCUACAACAGAGCAAUACAGUACUGAUGAUUCCUCUGUUGAUGAGCGGCCAAAGCCUCGUAAGAAGAUAGACUCUGAUUCAGUAAAGGCGAAAACCGUAGUUCCAAAAAUUAAACUUCAUGAUCCUAAAUGGACUGAUGGCAGCAUUCAAUUGGAUGCACUUUCUGAUAAACUCUCAAAAAUUGGAAGGGAAGCUAUUGAACGUAGAGAUGCAGCAGCAACUGUUGCUGCUAGUGCUCUGCAAGAGGCGAUGCUCACUGAAUCAGUCGUCAGGAACCUAAGCAAGUUCUCUGAAAUUUGCUCGUCAUCAAAGACCUCCAAUCCACUCCCUACAGUCGAUAUUUUCCUUGCUGUCUAUGAAGAUACUCUCAAGUGGAAGACAAUUGCUGAGUCUAUGGUGACAAUUGAGGCUGACGAAGCAUUCUUGGAGAAAUCAUCUCAUGAUUGGGUUCAUGCUGCUUUAGCCACUGAUCUUGAAGUCCUCAAGCUACUGAAUGGUGCCACUGAAUCCUUCUCUCGGAUGCAGAGCACAAAUAGGCCAAAGGCGCCUUCAGUGGAACCACCAAGGACAAGCCUGUCUAGGAAGCAGUCACUUGGAGCUUCUGCAAAGGCCCAGCCUAAGGUCUCACCGAGCUCUCCAGCGAGCUCCACAUGGAACAACACUGAGAGCAUGUAUGAGACAGUUGAGCUUUCUAAGAUCUUGUGGCGCGAGAUGCAUAUGUGGUUCCUGAAAUUUGUGGAUGAGGCACUGGAUGUGGGCUUCCACUUGUUUGAAGACCAGAAUAUGGCAAGUAAGGGAAAGCACAGCAGCCACAUAACUGUGGUUCUUUCACAAUUCAAGAAGAUCAGUGACUGGUUGGAUGGAGUUGGAAAGAUUGCCGAGGAGGAGAAAACAAAGGAGAAGAUUGAGUGCUUGAAGCGCAAGAUUUAUGGGUUUGUCAUUAGCCACAUGGGAUCUGCGUUUGAGAGCUCUGUCUCAGUUUCAUCUAGGAGUUGAGGGAUGCUUCAUGCUCUGAAGCUGACUUCGAUUGCCAUUUUUUUCUUUGGAUUAAGGUUAUCCAAUUCAACAGUGAAGUGGUGUGGGCUACAAUUGUAGUAUUGGUGUGUCUUUUAUUUUAUUUUUUUAAUUUAUGACUCAAGGUCUGUGAAUAUGCAUUGUUUUGUGGUUAUGAUCUUCAAAUGACUUGUAUUUAUCAGUUAUGAAGAUAAUGAUACCAUUACCUUUUCAUGGUUAA